CGUCUUCGUUUUCGUUUUCUAGGUUUGUAAAAGAUGGCCGAUGCUGAGGACAUUCAACCCCUCGUCUGCGACAAUGGAACUGGAAUGGUGAAGGCUGGAUUUGCUGGUGAUGAUGCUCCCAGGGCUGUGUUUCCUAGUAUUGUUGGUCGACCACGGCACACUGGUGUCAUGGUUGGUAUGGGUCAGAAGGAUGCCUAUGUAGGUGAUGAAGCACAGUCAAAAAGAGGUAUCCUUACCUUGAAGUAUCCCAUUGAGCAUGGUAUAGUGAGCAACUGGGAUGACAUGGAGAAGAUCUGGCAUCACACUUUCUACAAUGAACUUCGUGUUGCUCCUGAAGAACACCCAGUUCUGCUCACAGAGGCUCCUCUUAACCCUAAGGCCAACAGAGAAAAGAUGACCCAAAUCAUGUUUGAGACCUUCAAUGUGCCUGCCAUGUAUGUUGCCAUCCAGGCCGUUCUCUCACUGUACGCCAGUGGUCGUACAACUGGUAUUGUGCUGGACUCUGGUGAUGGUGUGAGUCACACUGUGCCAAUCUAUGAAGGUUAUGCCCUCCCUCAUGCCAUCCUUCGUCUGGACCUUGCUGGUCGUGACCUAACAGAUUCUUUGAUGAAAAUUCUCACUGAAAGAGGGUACAUGUUCACCACUACUGCUGAACGGGAAAUUGUCCGUGAUAUGAAGGAGAAGCUUGCAUAUGUUGCUUUGGACUAUGAGCAAGAACUUGAGACUGCCAAGAGCAGCUCUUCGGUUGAGAAGAACUAUGAGCUUCCCGAUGGCCAAGUCAUCACAAUUGGAGCUGAGAGAUUCCGGUGCCCAGAAGUCCUCUUCCAACCAUCUCUUAUUGGAAUGGAAGCUGCUGGCAUUCAUGAGACUACUUACAACUCUAUCAUGAAGUGUGAUGUGGAUAUCAGAAAAGACCUAUAUGGAAACAUCGUGCUUAGUGGUGGGUCAACUAUGUUCCCUGGUAUUGCAGACCGUAUGAGCCGGGAGAUCACCGCUCUUGCUCCAAGCAGCAUGAAGAUCAAGGUUGUGGCCCCACCAGAGAGAAAGUACAGUGUCUGGAUUGGAGGGUCCAUCCUUGCAUCCCUGAGUACCUUCCAACAGAUGUGGAUUUCCAAGGGUGAGUAUGACGAGUCAGGUCCAUCCAUUGUCCACAGGAAGUGCUUCUGAGUUCUAAAAAUGG